UAAAGAAAACUGGGAAUGACUAACCGUUUCGGCCGCCCCCUCUGGGUCGCCGGCAGAAACUCCGGCGGCGGCGUCGUCUGAAGCAACAUUGUUGAAAAAACGCCACAUUGUUGGGGAGUUGAAGCUGAAGAACUGCUAGAGCAUUACAUUUAUUGUUUCGAGCGUUCCUCUUUCUUUCUUUGAUUCAUCUCUAACUCUCUUGCCUACAUAUGCUUCCAAUGGAGCACUUCUCUUCACUCAUCCUCUUACGUUUUCAUCUUUCUAUUCCAUUUUCCUCCGAUUGUUCUUGCGGAUGCCAAACCGUUGGUAAUCCUUCUUGUUGUAUUGUAAAUUUCACUUCUGAUCGACUUCUUCCAUUUCGAAUUUUGUCGGUAAUUCGUAGCGAUGAUCUUAUUAGGUCCUGUGACGCACGGCCAGGUUUCGUUUCUAAUCGGAUUUAUAACCACAUUCGUAGCCUGGAUUUAUUCGGAGUACUUAGUAUUUAAAAAUAAUUCGAUCUCUUCCAAAGUAAGAGACUCUGAUGUUGGCUUGGCUGAGGCGGAAAGUCUUAGUGUAAAGGAAGAUGAUAGAGCUGUUUUAUUAGAUGGUGGAGCUAUCAAGCCUAGUCCUUAUGGAGCUCGAAUUCCACCUUCUUUCUCUAAUCUUCUCAGGUUCAUAUUGCUGGAACAGUCUUUCUUGAUAGAAAAUCGAAUGCUACUCAGAGCAGCAUGUGAAUUUGGUUUUCUUUUAGCAUAUUUCUACAUUUGUGACCGUACCGAUAUAUUUGAAUCCUCAAAGAAGAGUUACAAUCGAGAUCUUUUCUUCUUCCUUUUAUUCCUUCUCAUCAUGGUGUCAGCUAUAACUUCAUUCAAGAUACAUCUCGAUAAAUCGCCAUUUUCAGUGAAACCCAUACUGUUCUUGAAUAGGCAUCAAACUGAGGAGUGGAAAGGAUGGAUGCAGGUGAUUUUUUUGAUGUACCAUUACUUCGCUGCAAGAGAAAUUUACAAUGUUGGUCGUGUAUGUGUUGCUGCAUAUGUGUGGAUGACUGGAUUUGGGAAUUUUUCAUAUUACUAUAUUCGCAAAGACUUUAGCUUUUCCAGAUUUGCUCAGAUGAUGUGGCGGCUUAAUUUCUUGGUGUUUGGUUGCUGCAUUGUCCUUGACAACAGUUACAUGCUAUACUAUAUCUGCCCCUUGCACACUUUUUUCUCUCUUACGGUAUACGGCUUUGUUGGUAUUCUGAACAAGUACAAUGAGAUUAGAUCCGUCAUUGCUGUGAAAUUCUUGGCUUGCUUCUUGAUCGUUAUCAUAGUAUGGGAAAUACCCGGAGUGUUUGAUGUGCUUUGGGAACCAUUUACCUUCAUUUUAGGAUAUAAGGAUCCAAAUCGAUUGGCAGAACAGCUGCCUCCUAUGUAUGAGUGGCACUUCCGCACAGGGCUUGAUCGCUAUAUUUGGAUAUUAGGCAUGCUGUAUGCUUUCUAUUAUCCAACUGCUGAGAAAUGGAUUGAAAAGUUAGACGAAGCCAAACUGAAGCGCAGGAUAUUGAUCAAAACGACAAUUGUUGUGACAUCCUCAAUGGCUGCAUAUCUGUGGUAUGAGUACAUAUUCAAAUUGGACAGUAUUACUUACAACAAAUACCAUCCUUACACUUCCUGGAUUCCCAUUAC